UUUCUCUGUGAAAAUUUCAUCGUUCCAAAAUUUUCGGAAUUUCGAUGCCGAUCAUAUGAUAAUCGUUCACGCUGAUGUCUUUUUAGUUUCGAAUGUAUUUAAGUUUACCCUAAGUGAAGUUAGUUUUAAUUUCUUUUAAUGGCUAGUCUACUAUUUAUAUCCUCGAAACACACCUCGCGUGGCAUUUGCCUCUUGUCCCAGUUCGCCAAACGGAGUUUGCAGCCCUCUGCUCGUUUACACCUCAAAGGUCGUCAACUUCUACUUUGUUCUCGGUGUUUCAAUGCAAGCAAUGGAUCAAGAAAGCUUGCAGCAAUUAGCCGAAGAUCAUUUGAAGGAGUAAAAUAUUUCCGCACUUCCUCAAUAUUCUAUGAAGAGCAAGUAGUAAACGUUCCUCCUUUUGCAGAGUCUGUAAGUGAAGGAGACAUUAGGUGGGAAAAAAAUGUUGGCGAUGAGGUAGCCACUGAUGAGGUUGUAUGUGAAAUCGAGACUGAUAAGACAUCAGUGCCUGUCCCAUCCCCUGGAAACGGUGUGAUCCUUGAGCGCUACGUGGACGAUGGAGCAUCAGUCAAAGCUGGACAGAAGUUAUUCAAGAUCAAUAUCACAGGGACUGCACCCUCUAAGGCUGCUGCUCCGAAAGCUGAAGCACCCGCUGCACCUCCCCCACCAAAAGUGGAGGCCGCUGCACCUCCUCCUCCACCUCCACCACCCCCAUCACAGCAGGCUGCAGCUCCAGCAACCCCACCACCGCCCCCAGCAGCAGCUCCAGCGGCAAAACCAAUCCCAGUUGCGGCCAUCCGACAUGCGCAGGCAAUCGAAGCAGCUACAGUGAAGGUUCCACCGGUAGAUUACAGCAAAGAAAUUUCGGGAACCCGCUCUGAACAGAGGGUGAAAAUGAACAGAAUGCGACUGCGGAUUGCUCAACGGCUGAAGGAUGCGCAGAACACCAACGCCAUGUUGACAACAUUCAAUGAAUUAGAUAUGAGCGCAAUCAUGGACUUCCGAAAAACCCACCUAGAAGCUUUCACCAAGAAGUACGGAAUUAAACUUGGAUUCAUGUCUGCAUUUGUCAAAGCUGCUGCUUAUGCCCUCCAGGAUCAACCAGUUGUCAAUGCCGUAAUCGACGAAAAUGAAAUCGUUUAUAGAGAUUAUGUUGAUAUCUCAGUUGCUGUAGCUACACCCAAAGGUUUGGUCGUUCCUGUUAUUCGUAAUGUAGAGAGUAUGAAUUAUGCAGACAUUGAGCUGACAAUCAAUGCCCUCGGCGAGAAGGCAAGGAAAGGCGCUCUAGCCAUUGAAGACAUGGACGGUGGUACUUUCACCAUCAGCAACGGAGGCGUGUUCGGGUCUCUGUUCGGAACCCCUAUUAUCAACCCACCCCAAUCUGCGAUUCUAGGAAUGCAUGGUACAUUCGAGCGCCCUGUAGCCAUUAAAGGACAGGUUGUUGUGAAACCAAUGAUGUACAUCGCGCUGACGUAUGAUCACCGAUUGAUUGAUGGUCGCGAGGCGGUGUUGUUCCUGAGGAAAAUCAAGGCUGCAGUUGAAGACCCGCGAAUAAUUCUAGCUGGCUUGUAAUAGCUUUAGAAACCACACGUCAUUCUUAGAAACAUGAUUGUCUUUCAAUGCUUCAGUCAUAACUGGCGCCUUGAAUUUCUAAUGCUAUUUUACCAAAUAAUAUUUGCACGUCUAAAUCUGCACUAUGCAUCUCAAAAUUUGUCGCACCCGUUAACCGUCAUUCGCAAUACCCAACUUUAAAGCCUAAGUAAAAGUAAUUGUUAUCUGUUAUUAUUUAAUUGUUGAAGUUGUUGUAAGCGGUUUGUAUUUAUAAGGACCAUUUUAAGUAUUGUAGUACUUACAGAAUUCAUUCCUGUGUGAUAUACAAGCAUGCUCUAAAGUCAUCUCACAAGGAAAGUAUUGUCUAAUAAAGUAUUGUAAUUAAUGCGAUAUGAGCUAUAAAAAUUUGUCAACCUCAUUUUCUCAGUGUAAAUUUCUCAUUGAUCAAUUUUGGAGUCUUCGCCUCACUGUCACUUGUUUUAUAUUGUAAUUAAUAAUGUAAACGAUUGUAAAAUUCUUACAAUGAAUAAAAGCGCAAAAACUCUUUCCAUCAA